CUAUGUUAUACACUAUUCACAACUCCAAAUUUCUAGCAAGAAGGAAAGAUUACCAAAACAAUAAACCAUAUUCUGCACCUAAGGCUUCCAGUCUGUCAGAAUCAAUUACUCAUUUCUCUUCUCUCAGUCUAAAACUCCAAACAAGCUUUUCCACAAAUGAGGCUUUCUUUAGCAAUUCAUCUUCUGCUUUUGGCUAUGCUUCUUUCUCAAGCUCAAGGGUUUCGCUUGGGAAAAAGAUUACUGUCAAUUGGUCAUCCUAAAUUUUCAGUUGGGCAUCCUAAAGUACAUGAGGCUGCUCAAAUGAAGAAGAUUAAUGAUGGAAUGGGAGAUGUUGUUUACUGCAAAAAAGAACGCUGUACAGGUACUUUGAAGAGGAAAGUUUCUGGAGUGAUGCACAAAUCAUCUCAAUGGCUACCGAACAUUCAUGAAGAUUACUAUGGGCCUAGGAAGCACAGACCAACACACCAUUAAUUUUAUCUAUCCAGGACUAUUUUUUGACCCCCUUUUCUAGUUCUUUGAAGUCUUAUAAGAGCUGGGUUCCUGAAGACCUGGACUCAGGGCCAUGUAAUCCUGCAAAGCAUUUUUAUCAACAUAAGAAGCUAUAACUAUGAUUCCUAGUUUGAAAUAAGCUAGAUAGAUCAUU